AUGACAUUAAACGUGAACAAGUGUAGCGUUAUAAGGUUCUCCAGGCAUAGAUUAAGGAAAGACUGUGAUGAUUAUGAAUAUAGAAUUAACAACGCUCCACUUAAAAGGGUUGAAACUAUACGUGAUUUGGGAAUCACUCUGGAUAGAUGCUUGCGCUUUGACACGCAUUUUAAUGCCAUUUCUGCUAAGGCUCUUAGAAUGCUUGGAUUCAUUCUGAGAAACACAAGGGAAUUUAAACAGAGUGACACUAUUAUUUUACUAUAUAACGCAUUAGUCCGAAGUUCCCUGGAGUAUUGUUCUGUUGUAUGGAAUCCAGGCUACAGGGUUCACAUAGACCGAAUCGAACGAAUCCAGAGAAAGUUUUUACGGAUUCUGGCGUAUCGCCAGAAUGUUGGAUAUCUGCGAGAUUACCGUAGUAGGCUCGAACAUUUCAAAAUGACUUCGCUGGAGGAUCGCCGGCGUAUGCACGAUUUAGUAUUUUUAUACAAACUAAUAAACGGCGUACUUGAUUGCCCUCAACUUCUGAAUAAGUUAGAUAUUUAUGUACCCACUCGAAUACCGAGACAUGGUAAAUACAAGCCUUUUGCAGUGAAACGCAGCUAUACUAACCUAGGUUCAAAUUCUCCCAUAAAUAGACUUGUGCGAGAAUACAAUAAACUAGCUACAUCCACUCUGGAAAUUGAUAUAUUUAGUGACAAGUUGACAAAAUUCAAAAAAGUAAUUAAAAUUAAUGACUCAAAUGAUGUAGUAUAA